AAAUCUACAUUCUACAUGGCUUACGUCGUACAUCUACGUUUACGUGCUGGCGUUACUUUACUUCAUCUCCCUAAUACUUUGUGGUAAACCAAAGACAUAAACAAAUAAACAUAAUUAUACAAAAAUUUAUAGGUAUAUAUAUGGGUUAAGCCUACAGAAAUAUAUAAUUUACAUUAAGAAUAUGUUUCUGGGCAUGUGCCGCUGACUAAAAUUUUAAAAUUCCAGGUUUCCAAAAAACAAUUACAUAUAAAUAAAACAGUUUAAGCAAACAGCUGACUACAGAGUAUUAAGUUAAUAUUUGAUUUUCAGAAUCAUUUUGGAAAGAUUCUCGAUAAAAAGUUUUAAGGACUGAUAACACCGAUAACUACAAUUGAAAUCCUACUCUCAGAUUAUUUUAUUAUUAGCUAGUAAAAUGGUUGUAACACAUCACAUUAAUGGAUAUGAAGCAUUUCAAGAGUUUAUAUACAACUAUGACUUUCAGAACAAAGUAGUUUAUGUCUAUUUUUCUGGAGAAAAGGAUCCUGCUGGUGUGAGCUGGUGUGAUGAUUGUAAUAUUGCAUGGCCUAUAGUGCAAAAAGAACUAACAAAACUGCCAAAGGACGCACAUUUCGUCAUUGUGGAAGUAGGAGAUCAGCCAACGUGGAAAAAUCCACAGUGUCCGUUUAGAAAGGACCCUAAAACAAGACUUCUUGUUGUCCCCACAUUAAUCAGAUGGGGUGGUCCACAGAGACUAGAAGGCGAACAGCUAUGGAAGGCUGAAUUAAUUGAAAUGAUGUUUACCCAUGAAGAAGAGGAUUAAAAGGAUUUUCCAUAACAUUCCGUGUAAUUGAUAAGAUUAAUACGCCAUAAAAUAUAGGACUAAACUAGUAAAAAUCGCAUGAAGUGAAGAUGUAUAGUUUUAGUUUUAUAAAUAAAACAGUGGUUACAGAA